GUGUUUACCGGCCAUACGUUGCAUAUCUACGAGGACGGGGUAGAAUACGUUAGGCCGACGGUGCACACAAUCACCACCAGAUACUUGACCCCAAGUUGUAUCCAGGUCUUUGCCGUGUUUGACUCAUUAGCCAGAUCAUUAUUGGCCGUAACAAUGAUACUAGGUGGCUUGGUCAUAGGAGUUAAAGCAAUCUCUUCGGACAUAUCCCAUGUGUUGGCAAAUCGGGUUCCCGCGGGGUGUCGGCUCUGUAAACCCGCGUUGACUCCAUUGGUUAAUACGUGUUUUGAAAAGACAUGGAGACCGGCCACGAAAUGUAUGACUUCCGCAUACCGGCGCUGGGGUAUACCGCUCAAAGGGAAGGCCUUAUGGAGUGGACCGCUGGCCACACCUAAUUCACGGGAAAGGUGUUGCGCCAGUUGGGAGUCGUAUGAUUGCUAUAAGCAUGCACCUUUGUUUAAAUGCAAUUUACACGAACGAGUUGACGUGAGAAUAUAUCUGAGCAAGAUCAUCCGGUGGCAAUCCUAUACCGAUUGCCGUAAGUUUGGCUACCGUUCCCGUAGUCACAUU